AUGGAUCCCUCAAGAUUCUACAACUACAGCCGCCUCUGGAUGUACAACCAGAUGCCCGAGAGCUACGACGACCACGAGUACGACCGCGUCAUCAUCCCCAGCCGCGGCGAGAUCUUCGAGUGGUCGGAGCAGACUCCAAUGCAUUCCCACAAUCGUCCAGGCUGGACUUUGAACAACGACUACUUCCCGAGUCAGCGUCACAUCUACGAUCAGGGUAUGAUGCAGUCGAACGAUUGUAUGGGCAUGCAAGGACAGCGCUUCCACGAUCAGAUGCGUGGUGCUGGGUACAACUAUGACGAUGCACACGAUGGUUACAUUGGCCGGAACCCGGAUAUCUUUGAUGAUUCGGACGAUGAAGCCCGGGAGGCUUACAUGGGGUACCACUUUUGGAGAUGA